AUGGUGGGUAGAAAAGUUGCCGUUAUAACAGGCACCAAUAGCAAUUUGGGGUUAAAUAUCGCCUAUAGAUUGAUAGAACAAGAGGAUCCUACCAAUAGAUUGACUAUUGUGGUUACAUCAAGAACUUUACCUCGUGCUACGGAGGCCAUCAAUUUGAUUCAAAAGUUCGCUAAGAAAUGUCCAAGGGUAGGAAUUGUAGAUUAUGACUACUUGUUGAUAGAUUUCACUGAUAUGGUAAGUGUACUAGGUGCUUACUAUGAGCUGACAAAGAAGUAUAAGGAAAUUCAUUAUUUUUUUGUUAAUGCAGCCCAAGGUGUCUAUGGUGGUAUUGAUUGGAUUGGUGCCGUCAAGGAAGUAUGUACCAAUCUGAUAAAAUCUGUUACCUAUCCAUCCUACAAGAUCCAGAGAAUUGGUGUAAAAUCUGAUGACGAUUUGGGUCUCGUAUUUCAAGCCAAUGUGUUUGGACCUUACUAUUUGAUUCAAAAGAUUUUACCUCAAUUGACAGCUGGUAAGGCAUCAGUCGUUUGGAUUUCAAGUCUCAUGUCAGAACCCAAGUAUUUCUCUAUCAACGAUAUUCAAUUGCUCAAAUCUGAUGCCUCUUAUGAAGGUUCCAAGAGGUUAGUGGAUCUUUUACACAUGGCUACUUAUAAGGAUAUGAAAAAUCACGGAAUUCAUCAAUAUUUGGUACAACCUGGUAUUUUCAUUAGCAACUCUUUCUCCAUUUAUUUGAAUAUUUUCACAUACUAUGGGAUGCUAGCAUUGUUCUAUUUGGCCAGAUGGCUUGGUUCUGUUUGGCAUAAUGUUGACGGAUAUAAAGCCGCUAAUGCUCCAGUGUAUGCGGCCACCUUGGCAAACCCUAACUUCGAAGAACAGUAUUUGAAAUAUGGGUCUGCAUCUGGUAGAGAUGGUAUGGAAUAUAUCCAGACUCAAGAAGUAGACCCAACGGGUGCUAGCGAUGUACAGGAAUAUUUGUCAAAAUUAAAAUUGGAAUGGGAUGAAAAAUUGAAAGAUCAAAUUACCAAUUCAAGAGAGACGGUGUAA